AUUCAGAAGCCAAUACUGACUGUAUUUAUGAAAGCACGGAACGUUCUUUCCAUCUUUGAUUGGAUUCCAUUGCGUUUGUGGUAACAGGAGCUUUUGGCAUACACACACAAGUACCGCAUAUACAAGCACCAUGCAGCUGCAAAUUCGUGGACAAGAAACAACUGUCAUUGAAUGUCAAGACAAUGAGAAAAUACAACAUAUAAAGGAAAGAAUUGCGAGUCUACAAGGCAUUGAAGAUGAAUUUCAUCUUCAUUGCAAUGGAAGCUUAUUAGCAGAUGAAACUUUUGUAAAUGAACUUCAAUCAGAUGUACUUGAAUUGAUUGUACCCUUACGGGGAGGAAAAGUUCAUGGUUCUUUGGCACGUGCUGGCAAAGUAAAAGCUCAGACACCUAAGGUUGAAAAGCAAGAGAAGAGCAAAAAGAAAACUGGCCGAGCUAAGCGACGCAUUCAAUACAAUCGUAGGUUUGUCAACGUCGUUCAAACCUUUGGCCGCCGACGUGGACCUAAUGCCAAUACAAAUUCAUAAAUGUUAUUACUAUAAUAUAUUUGUUAUAAUAAAUUCGGAUAAAAUGCCAUAACUAA